GACGGUGUUUCCGCAGUUAGAUACACUACAUUUGUCGGAGUAGGCUGAAAUCCUUCCUGACGGACUGGGUGCACAAGUUUGGAAAGACAUUUUUGGAUUUUUGGAAAUAAAGCUGUUCACGUUUCCUCACAGUUAAAGCAGAAAAUGGCGCAGUGGUGCCAGCUUCAGAUGCUGGACUGCAAGUACCUGGAGCAGGUGGACCAGCUGUACGAUGACUCCUUCCCCAUGGAUAUACGACAGUACCUGAGCAAAUGGAUCGAAAGCAUCGACUGGGACACGGUGGCGAUCCAGGACUCGCUGGCUACCGUCCGGUUCCACGACCUCCUGGCUCAGCUGGAUGACCAACACAGCCGCUUCGCCCUGGAGAACAACUUCCUGCUGCAGCACAACAUCCGCAAGAUCAAGAGGAACCUGCAGGAUCGUUUCCAGGAAGAUCCGGUCCACAUGGCCAUGAUCAUCUCCAGGAACCUGAAGGAGGAGCAGAAGAUCCUGGCCUGCGCAAAGAGUGCCGAGCAGGAGGGUGAGGGGAUGGUGUCGGCCAUGGUGGUGGAGAAAAAGAAGCUGGACAGCAAAGUGAAGGAGAUGAAAGACAGAGUCCAGAUUGUGGAUCAGAACAUUAAGAACCUCGAAGAUCUGCAGGACGAACACGACUUCAAAUUCAACACACUGAAGAACAGAGAGAAUGAAAUGAACGGCAUGACACAAAAGGAGCUGGAGAAAGAGAAGAUGCUGAUCGGGAGGAUGUGCUUCGAGCUGAAAGCCAAACGACAGGACGUGGUGACCCAGCUGACCGACCUCCUGAACGUCACUCAAGCGUUGCUGUCAGACCUGAUCUCUGAGGAGCUGCCGGAGUGGAAGCAGCGGCAGCAGAUCGCCUGCAUCGGGGGUCCGCCCAACGCCUGCGUGGACCAGCUGCAGAACUGGUUCACAGCAGUAGCAGAGAGUCUCCAGCAGGUCCGUCAGCACCUGAAGAAGCUGCAGGAGUUGGAGCAGAAGUUCACCUACGACAGCGACCCCAUCACACAGAAGAAAGCUUUCCUGGAGGCCCGAGCCCUGGAGCUCCUCAAGAACCUCCUCUCCAAUUCUCUGGUUGUGGAGAGGCAGCCCUGCAUGCCCACCCACCCACAGAGGCCCCUGGUGCUUAAAACCGGCGUCCAGUUCACUGUGAAACUCCGGUUCCUGGUGAAGCUGCAGGAGUUCAACUACCAACUCAAAGUCAAGGCUGUGUUUGACAAGGAUGUUACAGAGAAGAAAGGGUUUCGAAAGUUCAACAUUUUGGGGACAAACACCAAAGUCAUGAACAUGGAGGAGUCGAACGGCAGCCUGGCAGCAGAGUUCAGACAUUUGCAACUGAAAGAGCAGAAAGUGGCUGGGAACAGAACAAACGAGGGUCCCCUGAUCGUCACCGAGGAGCUUCACUCCCUCAGCUUCGAGUCCGAGCUGCAGCUCAACCAGUCGGGACUGGACAUCAAACUGGAGGCCAUGUCUCUGCCUGUGGUGGUCAUCUCUAACGUCUGUCAGCUGCCCAGCGGCUGGGCCUCCAUCCUCUGGUACAACAUGCUCACCACUGAGCCCAAGAACCUCAAGUUCUUCCUCUCUCCUCCGCCGGCCAAGUGGUGUCAGCUGUCCGAGGUUCUCAGCUGGCAGUUCUCCUCCGUCACCAAACGAGGCCUGAACCAGGAGCAGCUCAACAUGCUGGCUGACAAACUGCUCGGAGCCAAAGCCCAGAGGAACCCAGAGGGACAAAUCCCCUGGACCAAGUUCUGCAAGCAGCAAAGCGCCAACGAGAAAGCUUUUCCCUUCUGGCUGUGGAUCGAAGGAAUCCUGGACCUGAUUAAAAGACACCUGCUUCCCCUCUGGAACGACGGCUCCAUCAUGGGUUUCAUCAGUAAGGAGAGGGAGAAGGCCCUGCUGAGCGAUAAGUGUCCAGGCACCUUCCUGCUCAGGUUCAGUGAGAGCAGCAGAGAAGGAGCCAUCACCUUCACCUGGAUCGAACACGACGUCCACGACAAGCCGGUCUUCCACUCCGUGGAGCCGUACACGAAGAAGGAGCUGGGCGCCGUCUCUCUGCCCGACAUCAUCCGCACGUACAAGGUGAUGGCCGCCGAGAACAUCCCAGAAAACCCGCUCCGCUUCCUCUACCCCAACAUCCCCAAAGACAAGGCCUUUGGGAAGUACUACCCCAAACCCACAGAGACUCCAGAGCCAAUGGACGUGGAGAACACAGAGAGGAGCGGAUACAUGAAGACGGAGCUCAUAUCUGUUUCUGAAGUACAUCCGUCCAGACUGCAGGACAACAUGAUGCCGAUGUCUCCUGACGACUUCAAAGCUCUGGAGCAGUACGUGGGACCCAGAGACAUCGACGCUGUGGCCAGCAAUCUGAUUGGAUUUGAAGAGUUUGACGUUCAGAUGAGUGCAGACUUUCCCGACCAAAACUGAAGCUGGACAGGUGUCGUCUCCUCAUCACACACCACUGUACUUAUUUUCAGAGACUGAAGGUCCCUUUGGACAGGAUUAACAGUACGAGGAGGGGGGGGGGGGGGGGCAAACAUGCUGUGUGAGAUGAAUUUUAGUCUGAUUUUAAAUCUUCCUCUUGAAUCAUAAUUCAGUGUAUCAUUGUCUGUCAUGUCCAUGGAGAAUGCAGCUCCUUAAAACUGCUCCUCAUCACAGCAGAACUCGUCCCGAGGAUGAUGUUCACCCCAAACAUCCAGUCCAAUGAGCCUCAGUCUCGUUUAAGCAGGAUGUCACUUUAUUUUUGUACAUACAUCUGUUUUUGUGAAAUGAAAUUUAAACUCCAUAAUAAUCCCCACUGUGGAAAUUAACAAUGUGAUUCUGAAAAUCUUCAGCUGUGGAAGAAAUACUUUGAAAACACUCUGAUUCAUUGGAAAUUGUGAAUUAAAGUAAGAAUUUAUGUCUGU